AUGGCCAACUUUGCACGUCCUGUGCCAUCUUCCAUCGCGGGAGUUGACUUUGGUUUCUACUCUAACGAAGAAAUCAAAGCCAUCUCUGUGAAACGAAUCCAUAAUACUCCCACCUUGGAUUCGUUCAACAAUCCUAUUCCCGGUGGACUUUACGAUCCGGCUCUGGGUGCUUGGGGAGACCAUGUCUGUACGACUUGUCGCAUGAACUCGUGGUCUUGCGCCGGUCAUCCCGGCCAUAUUGAGCUUCCAGUUCCUGUCUACAAUGUCACUUUUUUCGACCAGCUCUAUCGGCUUAUUCGAGCACAAUGUAUCUACUGCCAUCGGCUGCAAAUGUCCCGGGUCCAGAUUAAUGCGUACGUAUGCAAAUUGCGACUGCUACAGUAUGGAUUAGUCGAUGAAGUAAGCGUUAUAGAAUCCAUGGAGAGUGCUGGAAAAAAGGUGCCAAAAAAAGGGGAGGCUUCCAGUGACGAGGAUGAGGACGAUGAAGACGAUCUAAUGACCCGGCGGAAUGCAUACGUUAAGAGACGCAUUCGCGAAGCGCAAUCAGAGAAUAAACCGGUUGGCUUAAUGACUGGUGCAAAAAAUCCCGUUGCCGCGGAAAAGCGACGAGCCUUGAUUAGAGAGUUCUUUAAGGACAUCGUGGCCAUAAAGAAAUGUACCAGCUGCAGCGGAAUCUCUCCAGGUUACCGGAAGGACAGGUAUUCGAAGAUCUUCAGAAAGUCUUUGACUGAGAAGUCUAAACUCGCUAUGAUGCAAGCCGGAUUUAACGCACCGAAUUCCCUGAUACUCCUCCAACAGGCGAAGAAACUGUCACUCAAACAAAAGGAUGUUGAAAACGGUAUUACCGACGCCGAGAGCGUGGUGUCCGAUCUCCAUGGUGCGGAAGAAGAGGUCGCUCGCGGAAAUGCUGUAAUAGCCCAAGCGGAGAGAAAGCAGUCAUCUGCCGAUGGCCAAUAUAUGCCUUCAUCCGAGGUUCACGCUGCAAUGGCCUUGCUUUUUGAGAAAGAAGCAGAGAUUCUAGAACUUAUCUACAGUUCUCGACCAACACCCCGGAAAGCCCCGAAAGUCAGCGCGGACAUGUUUUUCAUAAGGAACAUCCUUGUACCGCCCAACAAAUAUAGACCAGCGGCAGCACAGGGACAGGGUGAGGUUCUGGAAGCGCAACAGAACACAGCCUUUACUCAGAUAUUGAAGACCUGUGACCUUAUCAAUCAGAUCCGCAAGGAGAGGCAGACUGCUGGCGCUGAUUCUGUGACCAGAGUGCGAGACUACCGUGACCUUCUCCAGGCAAUUGUACAACUCCAGGAUGCAGUUAAUGGUCUUAUUGACCGAGACAGGAGUGGCCUUUCCGGACCAAUGGCAGCGGCAGCUCCUAACGGUAUCAAGCAGAUCCUAGAGAAGAAAGAGGGUCUAUUCAGGAAGAAUAUGAUGGGAAAACGAGUUAACUUUGCUGCGCGAAGUGUCAUUUCACCAGACCCGAAUAUCGAAACAAACGAAAUCGGUGUUCCUCUUGUUUUUGCCAAAAAGCUCACAUACCCAGAGCCAGUGACUAAUCACAACUUCUGGGAGAUGAAGCAAGCAGUAAUAAACGGCCCAGACAAAUAUCCCGGCGCUGCUGCGAUUGAGAACGAAAACGGGCAGGUCGUCAGUCUUAAGUUCAAGAGUUUGGACGAGAGAACAGCUCUUGCUAACCAGUUGCUUGCGCCUUCGAAUCUGAGAAUGAAAGGAUCGCGUAACAAGAAAGUCUACAGACACCUUACUACCGGCGACGUCGUAUUAAUGAACCGUCAGCCCACUCUUCAUAAACCGUCUAUAAUGGGCCACAAGGCCAGGGUUCUUGCAAACGAGCGGGUCAUCCGAAUGCAUUACGCGAACUGCAAUACAUAUAAUGCCGAUUUCGACGGUGAUGAAAUGAAUAUGCAUUUCCCACAGAACGAGCUUGCGCGAGCAGAGGCGAUGAUGUUGGCCGACACUGAUCACCAAUAUCUUGUCGCAACGUCCGGGAAGCCCUUGAGAGGUUUGAUCCAGGAUCACAUUUCCAUGGGAACCUGGAUCACAAACCGAGACAGCUUUUUCGAUGAGGAGGACUAUCACCAGUUGUUAUAUAGCUGUUUGCGCCCGGAAAACUCACACACUAUCUCCGAACGGAUUCAAGUUGUCGAACCGGCGGUUCUUAAGCCCAAGCCCCUUUGGACAGGAAAGCAAAUAAUUUCAACGAUUCUUAAGAACAUCAUGCCCCCCGGACGGGCGGGUCUGAACUUGAAAAGCAAGUCCUCAACCCCGGGUGAUCAAUGGGGCCAAGAUUGUGAAGAAGGCGACGUGAUUUUCAAAGACGGUGAGAUGCUAUGUGGUAUCCUCGACAAGAAGCAGAUUGGACCUACUGCUGGUGGUCUCAUCGAUUCUAUCCACGAGAUUUAUGGACAUACUAUUGCUGGUAGACUGAUUGGCAUCCUUGGACGACUUCUCACAAGAUUCUUGAACAUGCGUGCCUUUACUUGCGGAAUUGAUGACCUUCGACUGACGAGAGAAGGCGAUCGCCUACGUCAGGAGAAGCUCAGCCAGACUGCUAGCAUCGGCCGUGAAGUCGCCCUAAAAUAUGUGACCCUAGAUAACACUACUGUCUCUGAUCAAGACGCUGAACUGCGUCGGCGCCUGGAAGAUGUUCUGCGAGAUGAUGAGAAGCAGAGCGGCUUGGAUAUGGUCACAAACUCCCGAACUAUGAAAUUAUCCUCUGAGAUUACCAAAGCUUGUCUUCCUGGUGGUUUGGAAAAACCAUUCCCUUGGAAUCAGAUGCAGUCUAUGACAAUAUCCGGAGCAAAGGGCUCCAGUGUCAACGCAAACCUAAUUUCCUGCAACUUAGGUCAACAGGUUCUGGAAGGUCGCCGUGUGCCUGUUAUGAUAAGUGGCAAGACUUUACCAUCGUUUAGAGCCUUCGACACGAAUCCCAUGGCUGGUGGCUAUGUCACUGGCCGUUUUUUGACCGGCAUCAAACCCCAAGAAUAUUACUUCCAUGCAAUGGCAGGUCGUGAAGGUCUUAUCGAUACUGCAGUCAAGACAUCUAGAUCUGGUUAUUUGCAGCGUUGUUUGAUCAAGGGUAUGGAGGGGCUGAAAGCCGAAUAUGACACUUCGGUUCGUGAAUCAUCGGAUGGAUCUAUUGUCCAGUUCUUGUAUGGUGAGGAUGGCCUUGACGUUACCAAGCAAGUGCAUCUUAAAGAUUUUGAUUUCCUGGCCUCGAAUCAUGUUUCGAUUUUGGGCCAGGUCAAUUUGACUGGUGAUUUCCAUAAGCUGGUGAAGGAAGAAGUCGUCGACUGGCAUAAGGAUGCCGUGAAAAAGGUGCGGAAGACUGGAAAGGUUGAUGCUAAGGAUCCAGCACUGGCCCUCUGGCAUCCUGGAGGUAAUCUCGGGAGCACGUCUGAGAAUUUCUCAGAAGCACUUAAGAAGUACGAGGAUGGCAACCCAGGCAAGCUUCUAAGAGACAAGAAGAAGGAUAUUAAGGGUAUCAUAAGUAAGAAGGCAUUCAAUACGCUUAUGAACAUGAAGUACUUGAAGUCAGUGGUGGACCCUGGUGAAGCCGUGGGACUUGUUGCCAGUCAGUCUAUCGGAGAGCCCUCAACUCAGAUGACGUUGAACACUUUCCACUUGGCUGGUCACUCGGCAAAGAACGUCACUCUGGGUAUUCCACGACUGAGAGAAAUUGUGAUGACGGCUAGCGCUUCGAUCAUGACCCCGACAAUGACCCUGUUAUUGAACGAAGAGAUCUCGAAGGAAGACUCGGAGAAAUUUGCAAAGGCAAUCAGCAAACUUAGUAUCGCAGAGGUCGUCGAUAAGGUACAGGUUAAGGAGGGGAUUGCAACUGGCAGCGGAAACGCUAGAGCUAAGGUUUACGAUAUUCACAUCGACUUCUUCCCGGCAGAGGAGUACACCAAGGAAUACGCAAUUCAAAUCAAGGAUGUGCAGAACGCGUUGCAGAACAAGUUCAUUCCGAAGCUUGUUAAGCUCACCAGGGCUACACUGAAGAAGCGAAAUGAUGAAAAGACCCUGAAGAGCUACUCAACCGCGCAACCCGAUGUUGGUGUGUCAAUAGGCACCAUUGAAGAGGCUCCUAGCGGCCUUGACCGCGAUGUCGAACCAGAAGACGACGAUGUCGAAGAUGAUGUCGAUGAUGCAAAGAGAGCUCGGGGUGGCCAGAAUCGCACGAACCAGGUCUCCUACGAAGGCCCAGAAGACGAUGAACUAGCUAUGGUUCGACGAGGAGAGGAUGCCGAUGCCUCUGAUGACGAGGCCACGCCCAACGGGUUGGCGCGCGACGUCGACAUGCAUGAUGAUCCCGACUCUGAUACCGAUGGACAGACCAAGGACUCCAGGAUUCGUGAAGAAGAUGUUAGAUCUAAGUACGCUGAAGUCACGCAGUUCAAAUUCGACCCUAAGAAGGGUACGUCGUGCACUGUCCAGCUCGAGUAUGACAUCUCUACUCCUAAGCUACUCCUCCUUCCUCUUGUCGAAGAAGCUGCCCGCGGUGCCGUCAUUCAGUCCAUUCCAGGUCUCGGAAACUGCACGUACGUGGAAGCAGACGAACUGAAGGGAGAGCGCGCACACGUUAUCACCGAGGGCGUUAACCUGCUCGCCAUGCGCGACUACCAGGACAUCAUCAAGCCGCAUUCCCUCUACACCAACUCUAUCUACCACAUGCUCACCCUGUACGGCGUCGAAGCUGCUCGCGCAUCUAUAAUUCGGGAAAUGGGUGACGUUUUCCGCGGCCACAGCAUCUCCGUCGACAAUCGUCAUCUUAACCUGAUCGGCGAUGUCAUGACUCAAUCUGGAGGCUUCCGUGCCUUCAACCGGAACGGCCUCGUUAAGGAUAGCUCCUCGCCAUUUUCAAAGAUGAGUUUCGAGACAACCGUCGGUUUCUUGAAGGAUGCCGUGCUUGAGAGGGACUUUGAUAACCUCAAUGGUCCCUCGAGUAGGAUUGUUGUUGGUCGGGUCGGUACUGUCGGUACAGGCUGUUUCGAUGUUCUCGCUCCCGUUGCAUAAUUGGGAUUCAAAAUUGCUUUUUUGCCAUCUGGGAGAGCUGUUCUACCUGUGCUUUUUUCUCCUACAUAUGUUUGCAGAUGCCUUUUUUAACAUUCACAUGUACAUUCUUUUUUCUCUUGCGUCUUUGCGAUCUGGAGUUUUUCUGUCUAUCUGGCAACAAAAAUACAGCCCCCCUCUUUUUCUUCAGAAUAGCAUUACCAUCCUUGGGAGAAGUAGAAAUAGAACUUUCCAGAACUACCCAGAAUAAUCAAAAC